AUGAACUCGGGCAAGCUAUACCUGAUAUCAGGUAGUCUAGGGGUUCUGUCCCAUCUCACUAUCUUCAUCAAGGGCGAAUGGGAUACGCAUGCGCCCGAUCUGGCCCGUUGUUUUGUGUUCUGGCCGGUGGUGUUGUUCUCGCUUCUGACAGUUCUCGGAUAUGGCCAUGCUGUACGGAAAUCGGCUCUCGCGCUGCUGAGCUAUGACGCCGGGAUCUGGCUAUCGAUGAUCAUAUAUCGCUGGUUUUAUCAUCAUCUGAGGCAUUUUCCAGGACCUGCCUUGGCGCGAGUCAGCGCACUCUGGUCCCUGAGACGGGUAGCAAGAGAUGCAAAAUGGCAUAUCAAUGUACAAGAACUUCAUAAGCAAUACGGAAACUUUGUUCGAAUUAAGCCCAGAGAGAUAUCGAUCAACGAUGCGUCCGCGAUCAAGGAAAUAUAUGGCGUGGGUACCAGCUGCACCAAGGGUGUUUUCUAUGACUUGAACUAUCCGCACCGCUCGCUGCAGAUGUGUCGCGACAAGGCGUUUCACUCUAGACGACGAAGAGUUUGGGACCACGGAUUCAAUUCUGGAGCUCUGACCGGUUACGAACCAUUCAUUCGCGAGCAUUGCGACGAUCUAAUUGAGCGAAUAUCAUCCCAGACGGGAGAGCCACUGUCGAUCAACGAUGUUAUCGAUGGGUUCGCCUGGGACGCCAUGGGGAUCUUGGCUUUCGGCAAAUCAUUUGGCAUGGUGAAGGGUAACAGCCAUCCGAUGUUGGACGCGCUGAGAGCCGCGAAAAAGUCCGGUGCCUUUAUCUUGACGGCGACUUGGAUGCUCAUUAUGGCGCGGAACCUACCUGUGAUCAACACUGCUGCAGCCAAAUGGCUAGCGUGGUGUGCUGAAAUGCUCGAAGAACGGCGAAAGAUGGGCCUAUCCAGGAAGGAUCUAUUCAGUUACCUUAUAGCGGAACCGCCCUGGGGAACCGACAAUUCUCUGAAAGUGACAGAUGGUGACCUUGUUAUCGAGUCCGAGCUUGCGAUCGGAGCCGGAAGCCAAACGACCGCUUCGACUAUAAACGCAUUCCUCUUCCUCUUAGCAAAGCAUCCGGAGACGUACCGCAAAUUGCAAGAAGAGAUAGACUCCGUUUUGCCACCGGACGCACCUUUGUCCCAUUCGGCGCUCACAGGCCAACCAUACUUAGACGGCUGUAUCAACGAGGUCAUGCGUCUGUAUCCAGCAGUGACGAGUGGUGUGCCUCGAGAAACCGGUCCUAGGGGUUUGACCAUCGAUGGCGUUUUCAUUCCCGCAUACACGACGGUGUCCGUGCCGACGUACACGGUGCAGCGAGACCCUCGAAACUACCAACACCCCGACGCAUUCAUCCCCGAGCGUUGGCUCGACAGGCCGGAGCUGGUCAUCAGGAAAGAGGCCUUCAUUCCAUUUUCCACCGGCCCAUAUUCUUGCGCGGGAAAGAGCUUUGCGAUGAUGGAGAUUCGGCUGGCGAUUGCGACCAUCGUGCGGAAUUUCGAGUUCCGAUUGCCCCCAGGGCUGGAGAAGGAAUCCCUGGAUACGCUCGAUGGAACCGGCGUACAGGAUUGUUUCAUAAUGGUGGUUCCAUCGUAUGAUCUGAUAUUCACGAAGCGAAAUCUGAGCUCGACCUCGGUAUAG